AUAUUAAAUUUUGUAACAUUUUAUUUUUCAGCUGUUUUUGUGCGGCGGCUCUCAGUCAUCACAUUAUGCGGUUAAGGCCCGGAGGAACACUAUUCCACGUGCUAUGGAUAGCUAACUUGAUUCACACUGCCACCCCCUACUGCGAAGAGGACUCAUACUGCGACGAAUGCGAUCUAGUGGCCGUAGGCCAGCCAUGUAACAACUUCGACAGGCUCCCAGUGUACACAUGUAAUAAUGAUACAAAAAAAGUAAACUACACCCCGUCCAAGUAUUUCAUGUGCAUUGAUGGAGAGGUGAUUCAGUUUGAUUGCUCACAUCGCAACAUGCCGCCAGCGGUUUUCAAUCAAAUCACGAGAGAGUGUGUGCAGGAGGAGACCACCGACAAUCACAUAAGAAGACGGCGAGCCACGACGGGAUCCUCGAGAGUUGGAGACGUCUGCAAUUUUAAUACUGAUUGCCAGCGGGGAAUGUUCUGCGGCGGCGGUGUCUGCAGUUGUUUGAGUGAUUUUGUGUCGAUUUCGCAACAUUGUUGGCCGAAAGUAAACCCCGGCGAGUCAGGCUGUGUGGAAAAUCGACAAUGUGAAGCUGUAUGGCCUGGAACCAUCUGCACAUCUGCUGGUCUUUGCGAGUGCCCAAAGGAAACUGUACCCAGCCGAACAAGAGAUGGUACAGUAUGCAUCUCAUCUGCAAUCCCACCAGCAUGCCCACUUCCUGAGGCACACAAUGGAAAUCCGAAUCCAGCGACUGUUCUGGCUAAUCCUAGCACACAUCCAUUGAAUCCGGGAAACUAUAUGCCAGUUCUGUGCAACUCCCUUUCCUCAGAGGUCCGCACUUCUAAUGGUGGAGAUGGCUCGACAUGGUGUGUCUAUCCGGAUGGUGAGCAGGAUGUUUUCAUCGCGGACACCUAUAACUGCAUCUCUCAUCCUCAAGUGAACAAUGAUCUUUUCAACGAGUAUUCCGAGAAAGUCGACGGAAUCUGUUGUCAUAACAGAGCCUUCGUUUGUAUCCAGCCCUUGGAGUCCGGUGACGAGCCAUCGGUGCCCAGGUGGUGGUAUAACUCGGCGACGGGAACUUGUGUGCAGUUUAUGUGGGAUCCUGACACUAUCACCAAUGCUUCUCCAAACAACUUUAGAACCGCAGAGCACUGUGAAUCCUACUGUAGGGAUACAUGCCGCCGUGGAGCUCCUGAAUUUGCCUCAUCCAAAUUCUCAAUCCUAGACGAAGUUCCCCGAACAAACUGUCUAGCUUCAACUUCCAGGUGUGACCAAGAACAUCAAUGUACACUUAUAGGAUCCCAGCAAACAUGUUGUCCAACCGCUUCGCACAUUUGUAGUGCUAAUGGUGGAAGGAUGUUGCUAACUAAGCCACCAGAGAACUAUGAUAGAGGUCUACAGAUUGCUGGGCACAAAGCAGUAACUCGCUACUACUACGACAUAGAUCAGGGACGUUGUGUGAACUUCUUGUAUCACGGGCUCGGAAAUUACAACAAUUUCCUUACGAAGCAAGACUGCGAGUCCUUCUGCUCAAAGUUGGUCUGCGAGAACGGAAACCCAUUGCGAAUCGGCGAGGAAUGGCAGCGAUGCGAGACUAACGCCGACUGUCCAUCCUCCCACUCUUGCCAAGGAUCCCACAAAGUCUGCUGCCCAACUGCUCAGUCCCUAUGCACCCAACCAAAACGUCUCGGGGACUGUACCUCGGCGGUCCGUCGUUAUUGGUAUAACGCCGCCACCAGGUCCUGUGAAAUGUUCCAGUAUACCGGGUGUCAGGGAAAUGAUAAUAAUUUCAAUACGCUGAUGGCUUGCCAGCAGAAGUGUAGAGGAAUUCAUGUCGAACCAAAAUGUCAACACGGUCGGGCCUUCCGAGAUCGCAAUGGAAACUUCCAACAAUGCUCCGACAAACAAAAUGGUCCAAAGUGCCCAGUCAACUACGUCUGCUCAUUUGAUGGAACCACCCACGGAUGUUGCCCCACAAAAGCCUUCACAUGCUCCCUAAACCCUGACAAAGGAGUUCAAUGCGGUUCUGGAAGAUCUUAUAGGUACUAUUUCAACUCAAACAAGCAAUCUUGCGAGUCAUUCCAAUACGAGGGCUGCGACGGAAAUGCGAAUAACUUCCUAACAUCCGAAGACUGUCAGCAUUACUGUGGAGUUGGUGGAUGCCCGAACGGUGGAAUGCCGUUGAGAGACGAAGCUACGAAUAAGCCGAUGAGCUGCUCCGAACAGAAGUCUUGUCCAUCAACUCACGAAUGUCUAACGAUCCCGGUUAAUGGACACGUGGGGAGUCGGUGCUGUCCCACAAAGCAACACAUUUGUAGUCAGCCACCUCAGCAGGGGAAUCAUUGCUCGAAGAUCUCAGUUGGAAGAUUCUACUUUAAUAUUGUCACAAGGGAAUGCGCCACAUUCCAAUACAACGGAUGUAACGGGAACCUGAACAACUUCGCCACUCAAUCGGAAUGCAACAACUUCUGUAGUUCAGCAGGCUGUGCAGUCGGAGAGGUCGCCUAUAAGGACGUGAACACCAAAAAGGCUUUCGACUGUAACAAUGUGCUCAUUAACAGUUGUCCGGCAAACUUCCAGUGCAGAUUCAACUCGUUGACGUCUGCAUAUGUUUGUUGUGGAAGUACUAGUAUGGAUGUCUGUCCAUCCGAAGAGCGAGCCUUCAUAAAUUCCCUAGACGAGACUGUCCGUGAAUGUGCAAUUAAUGUGCCAGGAAGUUGUCCGUCCGACUUCCUUUGCCGAUUCAACGCUCAAAGAAACAGAUACUAUUGUUGUGCUCCAACUACAGAAAAUGUGUGCCCAGACGGUCGUGCAUUAUUCCGCGCCAAGAAGACCCUGCUGCCUGUCAGAUGUACCCUGAAUAACGCGAAUACCUGCUCGGAUGGUUAUAGUUGUCAGAGUCGGUCUAAAAAUGUGCUUCAAGGAUUUUGUUGCUCGGCGAGGAACGUUUGCAAAGGCGACUCCGAAUUCCUUAUGGACGAAAAAUCUAAAAUGCCAAGAAUCUGCACCCCGGGAGCAUUCAUCUCCUGCCCUGUCGGUUAUCGCUGCCACAAGCAGACACCAUCUGCAAUGAGCGGAUUCUGUUGUCGAGGUGAGAUCAACGCGAUUUCCGAAGGAUGUCCACCAGGAGAGUAUGCGUAUGCCAAAAAGAAUGAGGUGGUGGCCUGUGAUCCUUUCAAUCCGGAGAACAAGGGAUGUCCAGCUACGUUUAGUUGUCAGUUCGCGGUGGCUUUCCAACGUUACCAGUGUUGCGGUAAAGAUCCGAUUGAGGAAGACGAGAUCGAGCAAGAAGAACUUGGAUGCCCACACUCUCAGGUCGCUCUGGUGAACAAUGAUCAUCCGGUGGUGUGCACGGCGUCUGGUGCCUCCUGCCCUACUGGCUAUUUCUGUCAGUUUUCGGAUCGUAACAAGCAAUUCCAGUGCUGCGGGCAUAAGGCCGGAUGUCCAGGCGAUUCAGUUGCCUACCUUGAUUUGACGGGAGGCGCUCAGGAGUGUUCAGUGAAGCUUAGAAAUUGUCCGGAAGGGUAUUCCUGUCAAAACUCAAAGGGAGGAAAGACUAUAUGUUGUACCGCAAGGAUCGGUGGAAGGGAUCGUCCAAUGAUUGGAGAAGGAUCUAGUAAUAUUACAAUUGCACCAGGAGCUCCAGAAACACCCGGUGCCACAGUCCCGCCACCGACAAUGUCCCCAUCAGUAACGUCCGGUGGCAACCCCGGAAAAUCCCUCUGCCCACCUGACACAGCCUUGAUCAAUGGAGAAUGCAAAGUUCGUGGAGCCGUCGGAUCAGUGUGUCUCCUCUCCUCACAGUGCACGUCCGGUGCAGAAUGUGUCGGGCAGAUGUGUGCCUGUGGGAAAAAGUUCCGCGAGCAAGACGGGCGGUGCAUUCAGGUAGACACGGAUGAGGUUGUGAAGGAGGUUGUUGUCGCCAAGGAAGUCAUCAGGCCCGUUUUGGCGGGCUGCAAAGAAAAUCAGGUUGAGAAAAACAGCGCCUGCCUCGACAAAUCGGCAAUUGGAGCGGCAUGCACAGCAGACGAGCAAUGCCCGAAUGGCACUGUUUGCACUUUGAUGAUGUGCAAGUGUGCACAUGGAAGCUCACCUUACAAGGAUAGGUGUUUGAACAAUAUAAACAUCUGCGAAGCACCAAGACAGCCCGUGAUAUCUUCCGACUACACCCUAAUCCAGUGUGCCAAGCAGAAAUGUCCGAAGCCUUCAGCAUGUGUCUACUCAAAAAUGAUACAAUCCUAUGUGUGCUGCUCCAGUGCCCCAGUGACGUUGAGCAAGCCUAUCGCACCACCCGUAGUUGGAAGAAUCGUAAAAGGUGGUAGAAUCGUCGGAGCACCUGCUACUACUGGAGCUGUUAUAGUGAAGCCCCAUCUGGCAAAGUACACCUGUCCAGACGGUCGAGUGCCGAUGCUCUUCCCACAGAAUAAUAUGCCUUUGGUCUGUAAUCCAGUUAAAGGAUGCCCACAGGGUCACACUUGCAUUAACAAAAUGUGCUGCCCAAACGGGAGGGUAAAACGCUCGGAGUCCUGCCCCAGAGGCUAUCUAAUGGUGGAAAGAGGUGGCGAAGCACAGUGUGAACCACAAUGCCCAUGGUAUGCUCCGUGCGCUGCUCAACGAAGGCGAUAGAUUCUGUUACUCUUUCCCCAGUUGUCUUUUUUAAUUCUCCCGAGGUAUACACCUUGUCUCGUUACGGUUAUUUUUCUUUUUCUUCUUUCCCCCGUCUCUUUGUUGCUCCGGAGAUGUUCUAUAACAAAAAUUCUAAAUAAAGAAACUCUCAAUUU